AUGACAUCGCCGACCACAAAACCAAAGCAGUCGCUCUUCUACACACGCAAGAAGGUCCCGCACCGCGCGUACUUGGAGCCGUCGAUCCAGAAUAUUCCGGCGUCACCGGCUGCGGCCCACCUGCGCCCGCCACCGCCACGCCUGCCCACCGACCCCACACAUUUCAUCGGCAUUGCGUCCUACCGCGACGGCUUCAAGUGCGGCUACACGCUCUGGACCGCCUUUACGAAUGCGCAGUACCCCGACCGUGUCUUCCUUGGCGUCGUUGACCAGACCGGACCCGGCGACCUCAUCUGCCUCGAAGAGUACUGUCGCCGCGCCAAAGAGACCUGGCCCGACCACGACUGCCGAUACAAAGCCAACAUCAAGAUCGACGCGCGCGAUGCGCGCUUGUCCAAAGGGCCCGUGAUUGCGCGCUGGCAGCAACAACAGCUCAUCGGAGACCAAGAUUUCUGCAUGGAGCUCGACGCGCACUCGAAGUUUCUGGCCGAUUGGGACGUCGAGAUCGUCAAGGACUGGCUGCGGACAGAGAACGAGAUGGCCGUCUUCUCCAACUACCCAAUGGCCUACAGCUUUAUCUCACCAGGCGACAAGAUCUCAACGCACUACAGCUCGCACUUGGCGUCGUACCUCGAGCGCAGCCACGAGUAUGACAUUCCGGUCAUUGGCGGCUACCUCCUCAUUGACGACUCGGAGGUGCCGCAGAUGUCGGCGCUCUGGGGCGGCUGCCUCUCGUUCAGCAAGUGCCACGCCGAGAAACGCGCGCCCAUGGACAAGUACAUGAAGUGGAUCUUCUGGGGCGAAGAGUACCUCCGGUCCAUGCAGCUCUGGACGCACGGCUACGACAUUUACUCGCCGUCGCGCCACGGCCACAUCGUGUUUCACAACUGGACCAACGACCCGCAGAAGAAGCGGUUUUGGGACAAUGUGACCACCGUGGCCGAGAAGCCGCGCGAAGAAGCGAUCGCGUACAACCGUCUUCGUACGAUGCUGACGCUGCCGUUCCAAGGCGAGGUCGACACGCGCGAGCUGCACCGGUUUGGGCCCGGCCGCGUCCGCUCGAUUGCGCAGUUUCUCAACUUCUCGGGCAUUUCCAACACGAACGCGUCGCUGGACGAGUGGCCGACGGCGCAGCGUCGAUGGGUGCCGUACUCCGUGCCGGACGAAGUCGAGGAGCUGCUACCGGGCUGGACGCUCCACGGCAGCAAGGAGAUCUCCGAGCCAAUGGUGCAGAAUGAACUGCAGAAGCUCGCGGCCGAGCUCCACGGCGAUCGGGGUGCGCAAAAUACAUCGCUGCAGGCGCAAGCCCAGCAGCUGGACGCGAACCGUGCGGGCCGCGAAGAUGUGCUCCUCCAGAAACUGGCCACCAAGCUCGAAGAAGCCCGCGCUGCGAACGAGGCGACGCUGUUGCACAUUCGACAAGAGAUUGCAAAGCUCCACGCGGUGCCGUCAGCAGUGAUCGCGUCACCGGCGCUCCUAACGAGUCUCGUACCCAUGGGUGUCGUCGCGUGUGCCCUCUUGGUGCUCUACUUUGUGGCGGGGCUUCGGCGUGCACGGUCCGCCGGGACCAAGUAGUCUGCUCAUUCCUUAGUUUUCGUUUGGAGUAGGCUAAUGAAUUUCACUGUACCAGUAAUGGAACUGGAGCAUGUAGCC